AUGAACCGACCAGGUUUUGGUCGGACUUCACCGUCCAUGAACUUCUCUUCGAGGGAUGUAGGAAACGGAUGCUCAAACCCAGAUCUCAGCGAGGAAGACAUUGACAAUCUACAGUUUGAGCUCACAAAGGUAGAGGAUGAAAUUCAGACCUUGCGGCAGGUGCUUUUGGCUAAAGAACACUAUGCAGCAGACAUCCGGAGACAGCUGGGUUUGAGUCCCAUGAGUAACAUGAAACAGAACCUGUCCAAAGGCUGGCAUGAAGUCCAGACGUCAUCCCCAUACCUCACAGCCUCUGCCACGUUGGAGGACAUCAGUAAUUCUAAUGUAUGUAUGAGGACCCGGGAGAGUCUUUCCUACGCAGGUCAGGUCACAUCGUCUGCGUUGUCCAGUGUGGGAGUUGUCAUCACCAGGAGACUGACAGAGAUGAGAGCUCUGCCUCUUCCUGUCCCACCACGCACCCUGACCCACACAAUGAGCGUGCCGUCUAUGAGACACUCCUCUACAUUCAAGUCUUUUGAGGAAAUGGUCGGCAAUGUGAAGGAGAAGGUGACCAGCGGUUUGUCUAAUAGCAGAGACACCUCCGGCUUUGAAAGAGGAUCCUCACGUCACACCACAUGAGAUCGCCCCAUUCAACACACCGCUAUAAUUUUUCAUACUUUGUAAAGUUAUGAAAUAAUGUUCUU